UGAUUUAAAAUAAUUUGAUAAUUUGAUUGAAUUUUUUUACAGGUUUAUAUUUUAUUAAAUAAUGACUUACCCUGAUAGAAAUAGAACAAAGAAAUUAGAUUUUGUAGACACUCAAAAGCUUUCUUCUACGUUUGUUCUUUUAUGGUACAAGAAUUGUGAAAAAGAUGAGCGGCAUACCUCUCCCAUAUCACUUUCAAAUACACUUUCUAAGCAUUAUUCAUCCGUUGAAUGCCUUGAAUUUCAAGUGAAAAAUGUAGUGCAUGUUUCUAUUGCAAAUAUACAACACGCAGCUGUCAUCAUCUAUAAGGGGUCUAUUACCCAAUGCUGUAAAUUUGAAACAUUGCUAGAUAAUUUCAUGGACGAUUUUGGUGAUGAAAAUCCUAGCACUGAUGAAGUAAGCAAGUUUGCCCUCAAUUAUAUUGAAGGCAAUACUGACGGAAAAAGAAAACAUUCUGAUGGAGACCAAUCCUCAGAUUCAGAGAAUAUUGCACCGGUCUCAGAACAUACAGGCCUAAACGGACCUAAAUAUAAAUCGACUCCUAAAUCAAAGGUGCUGAAAAAAAAACAUGUAAAUGAAGUGUUGAAUGAAAAUUCAGAAUCAGAGUCCUUUGCAUCAUUUUAUAACAGUCAAAAAGGAUCUAAAAAAAGUGAAGCACAGAUUAUGGCUUUGGAAAAGCGGAAGCUUGACAUGCUACUUGACAAUGUUGAUGCUCCCAGAGCAUUGAUGCUUCCAAUAAUUAGUGAUGUUCCUAAAACAAAACACUGUGGUUCACCGAAGUUAAGCAAACUAUCUUGUUUAGAAGCAAUUUUGAUUGAACAAAAGAAACUUCUUUUUGAACAAAAGAAGACCAACAAACUGUUGUCUGAAAUUUUGCGCCCAAUAGAAAAAGAAUCUGUAAAUAAUGAUAAUGCCGUGUAUACUGGUUUUGAUGCCGAAUUUAAAUUGCACGACAUUCAAAAACGAGAACCAUGUAGCUUUGCAAGAAAAUUUAUUUUGUUGCGAUUCGGAAAGGAGUUUACUUGCACGCGUAUUUGUGAACCAAACGGACCUACUGCACGCAUUCAUAUGGAGAAUGAAGAAAUUCAGGAAGUUAAAGGUGCACUUGACAAAGUGUUUACGUCUUACAACUGGCGUGUUGUUCGGGCGAGUAUUAAUCAAUUUUUCCGAGACAAUAAAAGUAGUACAAAAGUUUGAAGACUAAACAAAUGAGUGACAUUUUUCUUGUGGUGUGGGGUUGUCAGCGUUUUUCGCUUAUUCCCCCC